GAUUUCGAUGAUGUUUUUACAAGUGGAGAGUUGUCACGAUUUGCUCGUUGGAUCUUGCAUCAAUACGUUGUUCAAAAUAACAUCACUCUAUUACAGAGAGCUGUUUGGUAAGUGAGAGUCAUGGUUAACUCUGUCAGAUCUUAAAGGUGACAUGGCGGGAAUACUUUUAUGGUCUUAUUUGGAAGAAUCGUUAAAAUUAUAACGUACAGUAGAACCCCGCAUAUAAGAACCGAUAAUUUAAGAACCUUGAUAACAUUUUUAUUAAUUAUACACCCCCUUUAAAUAAGAACUUGUUUAGGGUAGGAUUUCAAAGCAGGUUCUUAAUAUUUUAUCAAAUAGAGUCAAAACUAAACAUUUGUAAAUCGAAUAAAAUAAGCUCUUCCCAAAGUAAUGAAAAUGACCCAGAACCCUGGAAAUGCCAUUCAGAUAAAUAACAAGUCUACAUGAACACAACAACAAAUAAUUGUAUUUCUUCAGUGAAAAUACUACCUGACAAUCGCAACUACUAGUAACUGUAAGCAAGGUCUUCCAGCAUCAUGGACUGUUAGAUCAUUUGUGCAUAAUUUAUAUAAAUUAUAUACCACAACUAUUCCAAAACUGAGUCGCUUUUUUCUUAAGGAAAUCAACGUAUUUAAGAACCUGUUUAGCCCAAUUUUCUGGUAAGCACCAGGUACAUAAGAACCUGUUUAGGCUAAUUCGGAAAAAUCUAGGUUCUUAUAUCGGCGAGGUUUUACUGUGUACUGUACCACCAACAGCUCAGAGCAAGGAAGUAUGUAGGAUAAAUUGAUCUCACAAAAUAAUGUAUGUGUGCCUGUCCAUAUAGUGAGUGGGAAGUGUACAGCGCAUAUCAUCAGACAAAGCCUUUGAAAUAUUCGUUCUUGGAAGAACUGCUAUCAAGUAUUGCUUACAACUGGAAAACGGGCGGACUCAGUCUUGCUGAUGUGAGUGUCUACUAUCACUGUUCUCCCUAGAAGUCCAGUAAAGGUCUUCUUAUUAGUCCAGUGUUACUACAAGAGGAACCUAAGCUAAACAAUUAAUUUUGUUUGUAUUGGGUAGCUCUAUUAUAGUUCUGAUCUGUUCUCUCUAGAGAUCUUAUUGAUCCAGUGUUACUACAAGAGGAAACCUAAACUAAACUUUAUUUAUACUAUAGAUAGCUUUAUCAGUUGUAAACUGUUCUCUUUAGAGAUCCAGUAAGAGCCAUCCCUUAUUGAUCCAGGGUUACUUUAGGAGGAAACCUAUAAACUAAUGUAACUUUAUUCAUACUGGAUAUAGUUCUAUCGGUUCUAGACUGUUCUCUCUGGAGAUCCAGUAGGAGUCGUGCCUUAUUGAUAAUACUACAGGAGGAAACCUAGCUCUAUCAGUUUUGGGAUAGCUCUAUCAGUUCUAAACUGGUCUCCCUAGAGGUGCAGUAAGGAUCAACUCUUAUUGAUCCAGUGUUAAUAAUACAGAGGGAAACCUAAACUAAUUAACUAACUUUACUGCUCUCCUUAGUCUUAGAGGUCCAGUAAGGGUAUAAUCACUAAAUUUUGUUUAUUGUUUUAUCUAAUGAUUUUCCAGGAAGAAACAUUUCAUCAAUCAUUGGAUACUUUCGUGGAAUAUUGUCUUCGUUUAAUAAAUAAUCACAGAUCUUUAUAUCCAGCCACUAAAUCAGCAAAAUUAUCACGUUUGAAAAACAUGUUGCAGUAAGUACCGUUUUUUAUUCAAAAGUUUUUUGUCUGUGUCUGCCUCUAUAUGUCUACUCAUAUAAUCUAUGGAGGUUUAUUUGGAAAUCAAUAUUUCACACUCGGUUGAAUGAUGAUUUAUUAAAACCUUCACAUUUUUCUUUAGGGAGAGCAUGUAGACCGGGGAAUCCCUAUAGAAUUGUGACUUCACAAAUUAUUAAUUAGUUGCCCCAAAAAUAAAAACUUGGAAGAGCCACACCCCUGGAAAUCCAGGAAAAUCCUGAAGUUUUCAUUUUAGUUUUGGAAACGUCUUGAAAAGUCCAGCCUAGAAUUUCAAAGAAAAAAUUAAAAUGUUUUUAAAAUUUAAAUGCGAUUGAUAAUAAAAUUUACUUGUGCAUAGCAUAUCGAACUUUUUCGAUAGUGGUAUUACUUGAGAGCGAUAUCAUUAAUGGUGCAGAAAACCUUGUCGUCUUACUGGCGAAAUCACUUUUGCGAUAUUUCAAAUACCACUGGAAAACUCCCAGUACACACGUAAAAACGCACAAGUUGUUACAAGUCUGCAAACAAGUUGUUACAAAUCUGUUCACAAGCUGUCAACAAGUUGUCUUCGCACUGCUUGUUCCCAGUUGUUGUAACAAGUUUGGAACAAAGCUGUUAACAACUUGUAACAAGCUUGAUGGCAUUAUCAGACUUGUCACAACGUUGUUCUAACAAGUCUGAUACAGUCAUAAUAUAACAAGAAUGUUACAAGGUUGACGACACAAGGUUGUAACAAUACUGCUAUAUCAUGACUGUAUCGGACUUGUUGUAACAACGUUGUAACAAGCCUGAUAGCAUCAACAAGGUUGUUACAAUUUGUUAACAGCUUGUUCCAAACUUGUUGACAAUUUGUGACAAGCAGUGCGAAGACAACUUGUUGACAAGUGUGUGAAUGAAAGAAAAAAGUUUUUGCAAGUCCUGGAUUUUUAAAAUUAUGAAGGUGUACGAAAGCUGUUAGCGUGGCCCACCUUACGUUACAGUGCAAUGCAAUUAGCUUUAAAAUUUUUAAUAUUUCUUGUUUCAGUUGUAUCAAGACAAUUCAAAAUAUGCCCAACUACUGCCCCAGUCGUAAUAAGGACAUUAGCGAUGAAAUUGAAAAUACUGUUAAGGUACGGUGAAGGUGUUGAUUAUAUCUGAGUCCUAGUUAAAUGAAGGAUCAGCCUUCCUGUCGAAAGUCCCGUUUGCUAUAGUUUUUAAUCCUUGAUCAUCACGACCGGAAAUUAGGCUGAACAUUAGAGAGGUUAAGAUACCCCGGUUUCGGUGUACGGGUACGAGUAGCAUGAUUUUGGUUAGCAAUAUUUUCGUCGAUAUAUGUCUGUCCCUUUACUCGUAAUUAAGGUGCACAUUUUUCGCAUUAUAUCAUUGUCUAUUGCAAGAAAGCAGAAAAAGUAUGAUCGAAUUACAGACAUCAGUAAAACAAGAUGACACUACUCGUACCCGUACACCGAAACCGGGGUAUCUUAACCUCUGUAUUGAUCCGAAUGGUUACCGCUAGCCUUCUCCUUACCUUGAUAAUUGAAAUGAAUAUAACUGGAACUGCUAUACCUCCAACCGGAAUUUUGAAGCCAAACUUGAAGGCGAGUCCCAGUCUUUUCACGCAUGUGAAGAGCGCUCAAUCAGUCAAUCAUGACAUAAACACGCGUGUCUUGACCCCCAGGCACCGAAGAGAAAAGGGUUGGGUAAACAAAAUUUUGAGUGAGCCAAAGGUUGGGUAAAUGAAAAACAAAACAACUCAAGGGUUGAGUAAUAAAAAUUUAUUGUCAUUUCCAAAGCAUGACUCACUCAAAUAUUGAAGACUAAAAAGCAAUGUCAAUGUCAAUACAAUAUGCAAAUCAAUCAAUCAAUCAGAACUGAUCACUAUCUUGAUUAUUUUUCGAUUUGUCAGGAGGCAAAUGGUGUCUCCAAAGAAAAUACUGUACAGACAACAUGAAACUUUACACUGCAGACAUUGCACAAGGAGUUAUCAAACUCGUGUCACAGACGUUUUUGGCCAGGGGUGGGUAUUUAUUUUUUUAUUGAUAUUUGAGGUUGGGUAAAAUUUGUUUUUGACUAGCUUUUUUGGUUGAAUCAGCAAAAUUUUUACCAAAUGAAAAACAUUUCUCUUCGGUGUCCCCUAAAUAAACAACGACCGGUACCUUACACUCGAAAGUAGCUCGUCGCAUUACAAAGAACAACUCAUCUUUGGCCGCAAUUUCUGAUCGUGCCAUAGCCUGUGUAUAUAGUCGCUUUAUUAAUUUAUUGAAGGUUUUGAGGAGAUUUGAGAUUCGCCCAUUUUUAUUUUUUCCAACCCGCCAUUUAUUCAAAAAUCCUCCGAAAACCUUCUUGAAAAUAAAGCGACUGUGAUGCAGGCGAAUCGUGCCAGAGACUAUACCAUGAUGUCAUUACCAGGCCUUACCAUACACCUCCUACAUGUUGAUUUAUUCCAGAUCUCGGCUGAAAAGUGGUACGCUGUGCAUUAUGCCUGGUAUGAACCUAAAGAUCAA